GAGAUGCUCCCUUUGCACUGAUGGCAAUGUAAUGCUGUGUUUGGAUUUAGGUUCGUUUUCAUUGUUAAUUUAUGUUGUCAUACUUAAAACUAUUGUGUAAAAUUAAUCGUACUAUAUCAACGACAGAUGGCUGGGGAAAACAGACCCUGUGAGGAAAUCGAGCUUGACUUGAUGAGUACUGGAAAGAAAAGCUCUUUAGCUAAAACUGCAGGAAUGGAGACGACCAGCAGAGCACCUGCUCAGCAAAGACUCUCUCCUAUUCCUGAGCUGGAUCGCUGGGAGAGAGAAACGGAUGCAAGCUCCCCUGGCUUUGGUUCCUCAUGGGCAUUGGACAAUUACAGCACCUCAUCCACCAGCUCACUGUCAGAAUCCCAGGAGAGAGGAGAAGAUUGUGCUGAGCUUCUGCUGAACUGUCUCUUCUGCCGAUUCUAUGACCUGUUCCUCAUGCUACCUGAAACAUGCGAGAGAGCCGCUAACCGCAUCUGUCCCGCCUACAUGUACUUUUCAACAACUGCGGAAGGCGCUCGCAGCAGCGACUGUAAAUGCAACUGUAAUUUUGACUGCGGUCUAAUGGAUGCUUGCCAUGACACAGGGGAAUGCAUUGAACUAGCCAUGGAAAUUUCUGAGGUUUGCUAUCGUUAA